AUCUACUCCAAAAUGAUACUGAAUGGUUUGAUAAUAUAGAAGAUAGAUAUAAUGCAAGCACUGAUGAAAAAUGGCUCAAAUUAGCUAGAUCCUUGCUUUAUGACUAUCCAAAAAGAAAUAUCAUAACUGUAGAAAGCAAUUUUGGUAGUAAUCCA